AUGAAACAUUUUGUACGUGUGCAGGUCAGGAACGUUCUGGCCUCAUCCCAGCUCAUUCAGACUCAGCUAGCCACUGUUUGGAACCUGGCAGAUGUGGACAAGGACGGCCAGCUGACAGGGGAGGAGUUCAUCCUGGCUAUGCACCUGGUGGACAUGGCGAAGGCCGGACAGCCGCUGCCCCUCACGCUUCCCGGGGACCUGGUGCCCCCCUCCGUCAGAACGGGGAAGCAGGGGGAAUUGCUUCCUUUGAAUCGCACCAUCGUCCCUGAAGAAAUUCAAGUUGAACCACCCCAGAAGACAAAGAGUAAUGUUUCGUUCGAGGACAAGCUAAAGGAGAACUUCCAGCGGGGAAACGCUGAGCUGGAGAGGCGGCGGCAGGUCUUACAGGAGCAGGAGCGGCGCGAGCAAGAGAGGCGGGCCCAGAAGGCCCGGGAGGAGCAGGAGCGGCGUGAGCAGGAGGCGCGGGAGCAGGAGAGGAGGCGGCAACAGGAGCAGGAGCGGCGGCUGGAGAGGCAACGCGAGCUGGAAUGGCAGAAGGAGGAAGAGCGCUUAAAGGAGCUGGAACGCAAGGAGGCUGCUAAGCAGGAGCUGGAGCGUCAGAGGAAGAUGGAGUGGGAGUGGAGGAGGCGACAGGAGCUGCUGAAUCAGAGGAACCAAGAACAAGAGGACAUCAUCAAGCUUAAGGCCAAGAAGAGGAGCUUGGAGCUGGAGCUGGAGGCUGUGAGAGACAAGCACAAGCAGAUCUCUGACCGACUCAGGGACGUCCAGAGCAAGAGGAGCAUCCAGAAGGGAGAGCUGGAACUGAUCAGUCAGAAGCAGGACAGCUGCCUGCUGGAGGUCAACGCCCUGCAGCGGCAGCUUGAGGAGGGGCAGAGAAAACAUUCUCAGCUGAUUGUGGAGCAGCAGAGAUGCAAGGAGAUCCUAUGCAACAUGGGGCUGAACAGUAGGUCUGGUCCGACACUUUCCUCCGUAAAGAGGGGCGUGACUGAGAAGGACAUCGUCUGUCGGAAACUCAAGGAGCAGCUGGAUGUGCUGGAGAAGGAUACCGUGGCAAAACUGUCGGAGAUGGACCAGUACAACGUGGACAUCAAGGAGCUCCGGGAAAGCCAGACCAAGCAGCAGCAGGUCCUGGACAGACUGCGGCAGGUCAAGGCCGACAAGCUAUGUGACCUGCAGCGGAGGCGAGAACUGGAGUUGGAGAGGAGGAAGAGAGAGGAGGAGGAGGCGGUCAGGCAAGCCAAGCUGGAGAAAGAGCGGCAGUGGCGUGUGAAGUUGGAGCGGGAGGAGGAGGAGCGGCGGAGGAGGAUCCAGGAGGAGCGGGAGGCCAAGCUGAAGGAGGAGGAAGAACGUGAGCGUGAACUCCGGGCCAAACUGCGCGCCGCUCAGGAGCAGAGGAGGCAGAAGGAAGAGGAGAGGAGGCGGCAAGAGGAGGAGCGGAGAAAGGUGGAGGCAGAGAGAAGGAAGCUAGAGCUGGAGAGGAAAAGACUGGAAGAAGAGAAAAAGAGAUUUGAGGAAGAGAGGAGGAGGCAGGAGGAAGAGAGAAGGAGGCAAGAGGAAGAGAACAGAAGGAAGAAGGAGGAGGAGCAGGAGCUGGAGAGGGAGGAGGAGGAGAGAAGACGUCAGCGGGCUCAGAUAGCUGCUGUCAGGGAUGCAGAGGAGCGGAGGAGACAGGAAGAGGAGCGGAGGAGACAGGAAGAGGAGCGGAGGAGACAGGAGGAGGAGCGGAGGAGGCUGGAAGAGGAGAAGAAGAGACAGGAAGAGGAGAGACGGCGAGAGGAGGACAGGAGGAGAAAGCAACAGGAGGAGGAGGCCGUGGCCAGACAGCGGGAGGAAGAGGCCCGGCAGCAAAAGCAGCAGCAGCAGCACAAUUUAGGCAAGACAGACAUUCAUGAGAAGCUGUCGGCCCUGAUCAGGGGCCUAGAGGAGCGAAAAGGGAAUUUGAGACCCGUCAAGUCAACGCACAGGAAAUCGGCCUCCCUGACAACCUACAGAGCCCUGUACCCCUUCACAGCACGGAACGCGGACGAGCUCACCUUUGACACGGACAGCUUGAUUGAGGUGGACGAGAAGACGGAAGGCGAGCAGGGCUGGCUGUAUGGCAGCUACCAGGGCAAGAUGGGCUGGUUCCCUGAGAGCUACGUCGAGAAGCACAGCCAACCGGAAUCUGCGGCCAGCACCAAGCAGGCUCUGAUGCCCACAACUGCAUCUACCUCAGUCUCUGCAAGCAAGGCGGAGGCUAAUUCCAGUACCUUCCCAGCAGGACAGAGCACUCCUGGGGGGGCAGGGCAGAACUCUGCCUUCACUCCCACCCACCCUCCAGGCUCUGCCUCUAUGGAGUAUGGACAGGUGGCAAGUGGCCUCCAGGUGCAAGCGCUGUGCUCCUGGACGGCCAAGACGGACAACCACCUGAACUUCUCCAAGGAUGACAUCAUCACGGUGCUGGAGCAGCAGGAAAACUGGUGGCUGGGGGAGCUGAAUGGGAAGGCAGGUUUUGUGGCAGUUAAAAAUCAUUUGGCCAUUCUGUCUCUCAUCCAAUCAGAGUAUGUAGCCUUAUAUACCUAUGAAAGCCCAGAGUCAGGAGACCUCACUUUCAACGAAGGAGACACCGUCGUUGUGACGGAAAGAGAAGGGGACUGGUGGAAAGGGUACAUCGGAGACAGGAGUGGAGUCUUCCCCUCCAACUACGUAACGCCAAAGGAAUCUGAAACAUAUAGCACCACUGGAAAGUCAGGUGGAGUCGGCAAAAAGCCAGAGGUUGCCCAAGUGACGACUGCGUACACGGCCACCGGAGCGGAGCAGCUGAGCCUGGCCCCGGGACAGCUUAUCCUCAUCCAGGGCAAGAACCCAUCUGGGUGGUGGCAAGGGGUUCUGCAGGCUAGGGGUAAAAAACGCCAGAACGGAUGGUUCCCCGCCUCCCACGUCAAGCUCUUGGGCCCCACCAGUGGGAAGUCCACACCAGCUCCAGUUCCAAGUAAGAUCAACAGCGCUGUUCCUUCAGUUUGCCAGGUCAUCACCAUGUACGACUACAAGGCGGGCAACGAGGAUGAGAUGAGCUUCUCCAAAAGUCAACUGAUCAAUGUGCUGAACAAGGACGAUGCUGAUUGGUGGAAAGGGGAGCUGAAUGGCGUCGUCGGCUUGUUCCCCACCAAUUACGUCAAGAUGACCACGGAGUCCGAUCCCAGUCAACAAUGGUGUGCUGACCUGACCAGCCUGGACACCAUGAGUCCGCAGGAGAGGAAGCGACAGGGUUACAUCCACGAGCUCAUUGAGACGGAGGAGCGAUACAUGGCUGACCUUCAGCUGGUCCUGGAGGUGUUUUACAAGCCCAUGUCUGAGUCGGGACGCCUGACAGAUGUUGAAAUGGCCAUGAUCUUCGUCAACUGGAAGGACCUGAUUAUGUCCAACACCAAACUUCACAAGGCACUGAGGGUGAGGAAGAAAACGGGUGGCGAGAAGAUGCCGGUGCAGAUGAUUGGGGACAUCCUGGCCUCGGAGCUCUCGCACAUGCAGGCCUACAUCCGCUUCUGCAGCUGCCAGCUUAACGGUGCAGCCCUGCUGCAACAAAAGACUGACAAGGAACCCGAGUUCAAGGACUUCCUCAAGAAAAUCGCUACAGAUCACCGGUGUAAAGGUAUGCCACUGUCCAGCUUCCUGCUGAAGCCUAUGCAGAGAAUCACCCGCUAUCCACUCAUCAUAAAGAACAUUCUCGAGAACACUCCAGAGAAUCACUUGGACCAUGGACACUUGCGGGAGGCUCUGGACAGGGCCGAGGAGCUCUGUCUGCAGGUCAACGAGGGGGUCCGGGAGAAGGAGAACUCCGACAGGUUAGAGUGGAUUCAGAGCCAUGUCCAGUGUGAAGGCAUCACUGAGAACUUGAUAUUCAACUCCUUGACCAACUGCCUGGGUCCCCGAAAGCUGCUACACAGCGGCAAGGUCUAUAAAACUAAGAGCAACAAGGAGUUAUACACCUUCCUCUUCAAUGACUUCCUGCUGCUCACCCAAGCAGUGAAGCAGUUCACCUCAUCAGGGACGGAUAAGCUCUUCAGUCCCAAGUGCAACAUGCAGUUCAAGAUGUACAAGAACCCCGUGUUUCUAAAUGAAGUUCUGGUGAAGAUGCCCUCCGAUCCGUCUAGCGAUGAGCCAAUCUUCCACAUCUCCCACAUCGACCGUGUUUAUACUCUCAGGACAGAGAACAUCAAUGAGACUGCCUGGGCGCAGAAAAUCAAAGCUGCUUCAGAACAUUUCAUAGAGACUGAGAAGAAGAAGCGAGAGAAAGCUUACCAAGCUCGUUCCCUGAAAACCAGUGGCAUUGGCCGCCUGCUGGUCACUAUUUUGGAGGCCACAGAGCUCAAGCCCUGCAAGCCCAAUGGAAAGAGUAAUCCAUAUUGCGAGGUGACCAUGGGGGCACAGUGUUUCACCUCCCGGACAAUAAAUGACACAAUCAACCCCAAGUGGAACUUCAACUGUCAGUUCUUCAUUAAGGACCUGUACCAGGAUGUUCUAUGUGUCACCAUCUUCAAGAGGGACCAGUUCUCUCCCGAUGACUUCCUGGGCCGCACUGAAGUUCCUGUGGCCACCAUCAAGAAGGAGCUGGAAAACAAGGGAGCAGCGACAAGGCGCCUGCUGCUGCACGAGGUGGCGACAGGCGAGGUGUGGGUGCGCCUGGACCUGCAGCUGUUCGACCAAAAAUCUCUCAAAUGA